CAUCUACGCUUGUUCUUGGACUUCUUCGACUGCGUGGCCUGGUCGUGUAGUCUCUGUAGAGUUCUUCGGAUAUGCCCUAGCUUGCUGAGCGCCGUGUUGAUUUUUCCCAUCGCGACGGGAUCGUCCUUGAAGUAUCCCUCCACAUCUAACAAGUGGUCGGAUGUGCAUUUGGCGUCGCGGAUGUCGGCCUCCAGCUCCUCCAGGUCCUCGGCGUCCUGGAUGCUCUCGACGGUGCGCUGCGAAACGCUGCGCACGACGACCUCGAUCUGCCGCAGGGCUUUGUCGAUGUCCCGAUUGUUUUCGAUCUCGAAAUAUGGGAUGGAAACUCGAGACGACAUGGUGGGCAAGUAGUAAAGAUUAUUUUUCUACAGCUGGCUGGUGAUUUUUUUUUUUUCAAAAAGCGUGGCAGCGUGCAAGUAUCGGUAUUGUUGUUG